UCAUGCUACUGACCACCCUCUUCAGAUUUGGGAUUCCAUCUCGAUUACUUUUCUUAUCUUCUUCUUCUUCUUCUUCUUCUUCUUUCUUCUCGAAUUCAUAGCAUCGCAGGAGCAGCAUGAGCUCCUUGAGUAUGAUGGAGGCCAGGCUGCCUCCAGGUUUCCGAUUCCACCCGCGAGACGACGAGCUAAUCUGCGACUACCUUGGGAACAAAGUGAAGGGGGAAGCAGCUAGGAACCAUGGCGUCUACGGCUACCCAGUGAUCGUCGACGUCGAUCUCAACAAGUGCGAACCGUGGGACCUUCCCGAAGUGGCAUGUGUUGCGGGUAAGGAGUGGUAUUUCUUCAACGUCAAAGACCGCAAGUACGCGACCGGGCAGCGAACAAACCGAGCCACCAAGUCGGGCUACUGGAAGGCCACCGGGAAAGACCGGCAGGUGAACCGAAAGGGUGUGCUUGUCGGAAUGAGGAAAACUUUGGUGUUCUACGAAGGCAGGGCCCCGAAGGGCAGUAAGACUGAUUGGGUCAUGCAUGAAUUUCGCAUGGACGAAUCCCCUAGCCCAUCCAAAUUCUCCUUCAAGGAAGACUGGGUUUUGUGCAGGGUAUCCUUCAAGAGCAGAUCAGUGAUGAUGAAGACCGACAUUGAGAAAUACAAAGAUGAUACAAGCUCUUCCUCCUUGCCUCCCCUCAAAGAUGCCUACAUAUCCUUCGAUCACGCUCUGCGUGGCUUAGAGGGGUAUGAGCAAGUGCCCUGCUUCUCCAACCUCUACUCUGACAGUGCUGCAGCUCAUCCUAUGGCCACAACAGACCCAGAUCACACCGAUAAGAAGCUCGUCAAGAACUCCUUGAACCAGUUCACCUCAAUAUUGGAAGGGUAUUCCAAACAUGAUCAGCAACCACCGAAUAUGAGUCAAGAAAACUUGGAGAGCUACUUGAGAGAAAAUGGAGGUUGCUAUAUGUGGAAUCCCUUUUGAACUUGUUAAAUGAUGAAGUAUCAUGAGUGUGCAUGGCACAUGUACACAAGGGCCUCUUGAUGCAUUCCUUACAUAUGGAGGGAAUGGAGACUAUUUUCCAGUGUGACUACGUGGCAUAUUAUAUUAUGAUUCUUUGUAAUAAUGUGAUUUGGAAGAGGAAAAGAUUAGCCUAA